CGCAGCAGCAUGAGCGGCAAGUCGAGCGAUGCCAAGUGGGCAGGUGGCUACACGGAGGCUGAGAUGCAGGCCUUGGCCUUCCGGCGGCGUAUGAAGGAGGAAGCGGCGAACCCAGCCUUGAAGCGCGAUGCCAAGAAGAAGAAGAAGAAGCACAAGAAGAAGCACAAGAAGACCAAGGUCGACGAGUUUGGCCGCGAUAUCCCGUCGAAGCGCCAACGAUCCAGCUCGAUCUCGAGUACGUCGUCGGCGAGCUCCGUCGAGAGCCUGCCGCCGGAGGACCCGUUUCGCCCCGACAUGGAUGAAAACCGCCACCAUGCCCGAAAACCCCGCCGCCAGCCCAGUCGGAGUCGCAGCCGAGGUCGAAGUCGCAGCCGAGGCCGCAGCCAUCGGCAAAGCCGCAGUCGAAGCCGCAGUCGGAGUCGCCAACAGAGACGUAGUCGGAGCCGUAGCCGCAGCCGUGGCGCAAGCCGUCGCCCGUACGUGGACGUUUCCAAACGGGACUGGACGCAUGACGCGUACAUGAACCGAAGCCCGAGCCCGAUGCGCCAAGUUGAUCCUUUCUACAAACCCGAGCCGGAAGCAUGGGUCUCCCGCGCUGGCGGUGUCUACAUCCCCAAAGCCUAGCGCUAGCAAGCAUACUUGCAGUGUACGAUACCGCCAAUCUUCUUCGCGAUUUCGGCGCCCAUCUCCGUUCCGAGCUCAUCCAUCGAGCUUGUCAGAAUCAACCUCGUCGGCCUUUCUCCAUCUUCGCUUUCAACCAAUUUGCAC